AGAAGCGCGCGCGCUACUUCAGUCCGACGCUAACAGUCCAAACCGUUUGAUAUCUGAAUCUUGGAGGAAGGCAACAUCCUCCCUCUACGAUCUUCUUUUCUCUUCGAUUUCCUUCGGAUAGAAUCGUCGAGUAGAGAAAUCGCGGCAAGAACGAGGAAAACGUAGUAGCCCACGAGAAGUUUCCGGUUGACGUUCCGGAAACGACCGCGGGUCUCCCGGCUGAAUUAAAAGCCGGGACGAAAGGAAAAAGACGGAAGAGUGUGUGGUUAUGUGCUAGUGAGAAUCGAGAAAGAAAGUACAUCUCAGCGAAGCAGAGAACAUUAAUCUAGUCGCGAUGACCAACAGCAUGAAGCAAACGGUUAUCAAAAAUCCGACAUGGUGGAAGAGGCGGUCCGGUUUGGAACGCGGGUUAACGGUGAUAGCGGUUUCCGGAUUCCUCUUGUGCAUCGCUUUGGCGGUCGCCCUCGGAAUUUUGGCGGCCAACACGACAUGCAACACCACGUCCAGGACCGAUACUGUUAACGUAGAGAUGCUACCGUCCACAGCAGAGGCGUUAAGCGGUUCGGAAACAUCGAAGAACAUGAUACCAAAGGGAGCGAAAUGCGAUGAUGUAUGUUUAACACCUCAGUGCGUUCAUACAGCCUCUCUAAUAAUCAAAAACAUGAAUCCUGAUGUGGAGCCCUGUGAUGACUUUUACAAAUUCGCCUGCGGCGGCUUCCUCGAAUCCACGAUUAUCCCUGAUGACAAAACUAGCGUGACUGCAUUCUCCACUAUCGUUGAUGAUCUCGAGGAACAACUGCGGCUGAUUAUAGAGCAGGAGAGUCUUCCGAACGAGCCAAGACCAUUUAAACUUGCCAAAGAUUUUUACAAAGCCUGCAUGAACAAAACCGCUAUAGAGGAGAAAGGCUUGACACCAUUACUAAACAACCUAAGGAAACUCGGUGGCUGGCCCGUUCUGGACGGCGAAAGAUGGAGCGAGGGCGAUUUCAGUUGGAAAGAUUCCGUCUACAGAUUUCGCAAACUGGGCUACUCCGUCGAUUACUUCAUAGAUUUUGGCGUUAGUGUAGAUCUGAAGAACAACUCGAGGCGCUUGAUCGACCUCGAUCAAGCAGCGCUCGGUCUCUCGCGCGAAUACCUGUCGAAAGGCUUCAACGAGAAAAUCGUCCAGGCGUAUUACAAGUACAUGGUGGACAUCGCUGUAAUUCUCGGAGCCAAUCCGGAUCGAGCUCGCACCGAACUGAAGGAGUCACUUGAAUUUGAAAUCAAGCUCGCGAACAUUUCCCUGCCCAACGAGAAACGACGCAACGUGACUCUUCUUUACAAUCCCAUGACUGUGAACGAGCUGUCCGCAGCCUAUCCCGGCAUACCAUGGUGGGAAUACUUCAACACUAUCCUUGCACCGCAAGCACAGUUAGCUCGGGACGAAAUAGUUAUCGUGAAUGUGCCCAGCUAUCUAAAGAACUUCGAACGGCUGAUUAGCAUGACGCCGAAGAGGGUGCAAGCGAACUAUGUGUUCUGGAGAGCGGCUGCUGCGUCAAUCAGCUAUUUGACGGAUGACAUCAGGAAGAGACAGUUGAAGUACACAACGGAAUUAAACGGCAAGACAGAGAGAGAGCCGAGAUGGAAAGAAUGCGUGGACAUAGUUUCCGGCAGCAUGGGAAUUAGCGUCGGCUCGAUGUACGUGAGAAAAUAUUUCAAAGAGGACGCGAAGAACACCGCGCUCGAAAUGGUUGACGAUAUCAGGCAGGAAUUCACGAAGAUCCUUAAGAAGGUGGAUUGGAUGGAUGAGAAGACCAGAAGAAACGCUUUGGAAAAAGCAGCCGACAUGACUUCACAUAUUGCCUAUCCAAGUGAACUGUUGGACGACAGAAAGCUCGAGAAAUUUUAUGACGGACUUGAAUUGAGCGCUGACGAUUAUCUUGGAAGCAUUUUUAAUUUAUCUAUGUUUGGAACAAAUUUCUCAUUUGGCAGACUGAGGAAACCAGUUAAUAAGACCGAGUGGAUAAGUCACGGAAGACCGGCUGUCGUUAAUGCGUUUUACUCGUCGAUUGAAAACAGCAUUCAAUUCCCUGCGGGUAUUUUGCAAGGCAUAUUCUUCAACAAUGACCGACCACGUUAUAUGAACUAUGGCGGCAUUGGCUUUGUCAUUGGCCACGAGAUUACCCACGGCUUUGACGAUCAAGGUAGACAAUUUAAUAAGGAAGGUAAUCUCGUAGACUGGUGGGAGUCAGAAACGAAGAAGCAUUAUCUCAAGAGGGCCGAAUGUAUAAUUCAUCAGUAUGGAAAUUAUACCGUGAAAGCUGUUGGAUUGAAUUUGAACGGAAUAAACACCCAGGGUGAGAACAUUGCGGACAACGGCGGCAUUAAGGAGGCUUAUUACGCGUAUAAAGAGUGGGUCAAACGAAACAAGCCAGAGCAGAGAUUGCCGGGCCUGCCGUACAAUCCGGAACAAUUGUUCUGGAUAAGCGCGGCUAAUUCUUGGUGCAGCAAGUAUCGACCGGAAGCGCUGAAGCUGCGGAUUACGACGGGCUUCCAUAGCCCGGGCGAAUUCCGCGUUCGAGGACCGCUGUCGAAUAUGGAGGAGUUCUCGCACGACUUUAAUUGCCCGCGCGGCUCCAAGAUGAACCCCGCGAAGAAAUGUACCGUGUGGUAGAUCUCAGGUGUCGGCGAGGUACACGCGAACGACGCCGACCGACUCCGUUUUUAACCUUGGAAGUUACAAUGCUCGUUGCUUGAAACAAUCAAUUUUAUUCUUAACGGCCCAGCCACUAAAGUCAUAUUUAUGGAACUAAAUAAUUAUUUAUUUUCUUUUUAUUUUUACAAUUUCGCGUAUUUGUACUGUCGCUUCUAAGGUUAAUGAAUUCAAUGGAGCCGUCGAUCUCAUACCAACAGGAUACGGAAGUGUAGUUUGUUUCCCCAUUACAAGUAUCCUGCCGUACGAAAUUGCCGCAGCGGGGAAAAUAUUUAAUCAGUGAACGCUGUUCGAAAGCAAGAACUGAAGUUUCGCAAUAAUACGGAGUAUGCAAAAGGGAAGCAUUCUCCACGAGGAAAUCCAUGGAGAUCGACUUGACCUGCGCGAUCUUAGGCAUAUGGGAUUAUACACAUAUAUUAUGUAUCGUUUUUGGUAAAUUUUUAUAAGGAGAAAUAUGUCACGGGACGCGCGUACAUGUAAAUAAAAAAAAAAAAUAACGACGGAUUUAAAGAAUGAAUUAGUUACGUGAAGGUUGUUCGCUUAACGCUGUUUUUUAAUGUACAAGGCAUUAAUGAUUCCUGUGACAAUGUUUGUCGAAGAUUUUAGAUUAUUACGGAGAAAAUUAAUUUAAAUUGUCUAAUGUGCUCUAAUGUAGUUUCUAGUUUGAGAAUUUUGAUGGUUGACAUAUAUGGUAAAAAAAAUGUCGGCACCUUAAGAAUUCGCUUUUUAUCCUUUUUUUUUUAUUGUUGACAGCUUUGUUAAAUGUUUCGCUUUUUAGAAUAAAUUUUAUUGACGCGAAAAUGGACAGUAAUGAUGCACACUUAUAUAAAAUGGUUCACUGUUAAUAAAAUUAAACAGUGAGAAAAAAAUCGAAUGGAGCAGCAUGAAUAUUCUUCGAUAUGAAAUUUAGUAGGCUUGUUUUAUAAUGAAGAUCUUAUCGAGAAAGUAAUAUUACUCGCGUCACGACUAUUUUAUGUUGAGUAUUAUUUUGUAGUAUUAUCUAUUAGCAAUUAAAUUGCAAAUUAAAGUAAAAUGAAAUCUACUUAAUGUAAUUAAACUAAGCUAAAAAAAACAAAACUCAAGUUUCGUUGCCCAUUUUCUCCCUUCAAAUUUGCUGAGAACGCCGUGAGAUGGCAAAUAACAUUUUUUACAAAAUUCGUAAUUAUGCGUAUUUAAAUUAUAUCGUACACAGAAUAUCGAUCCUCAAUAUUUUAUGAGCCACCUCGUAUAUGUAAUUGUAUAUCGGCGUAUCUACGAAUUUCGAUAAUUUAGUGCGAUAAUUUUUAUUUUUGAUCAACCGUGUGUUUUCGUGUAAGGUUAUUAAUCGUAGAGAAUUACGAUGUUACUUAGAAUAACUUAUUACAAGUAUUAAGCGUAGCUAUUUAACUGCGAGCGUUUGAAUCGCGAUACUCGCAACUGCUUUCCACACCGUGUAAUCCCUCACGUUUGCAUAAAUACAUUACAUUUUUGCGCCACAUUUCCCUUCACUCUCCUCCCUUAGACGCAUUUCUCGUAUUUAUUAUACGAUGGUCAAUAAGUUAAUCAUCGAGUUAAUCACCGUAAAUUUAAGUAAAGACGUAUGUACCUUGUAUAAGGUAUUUUUGUUGAAUGUAAGAAUUUAAUACAGGAAAACUUCAUGUAAAUAUAUCGAACUGUGCUUUCACACA